AAAACUACUCUGUCAAUUGCCAUGCAUAUUGAUACUGUGUCGUUGUUGUUAACAGCAACUGAGGCAGAGUAGACAGACAUGGCUUUCCAAAACUGCAGGGUCAAUCUGCAAUCUGCAAUCUGCAAAAUUGAAACAGAAGCCAGCCAUCUUUUCCGGCCUUUCGAAUUCGUAGGCAAAUGCGUGCAAACGUGCAGUCGCCUUGCGUGUAUGUUAGCUGUGGAAUCUUUUAAUCCACAAGAGCGCCUCCCCCUCCCCUUUUCUUUUUCUUGUGAAUCCAAGGGUAGGAAAUUAUCAACGAUCCCUCAACGCGUCGUCUGGGACAAGGCUUUUGGUUGGUUGCGAGCAGUGUCUGUUAGGAUGAUGUCGGCAGGGAGAAAAAAUACCAGUGGAGAUUAGCGUGGAUUCUUCUGCCUCUAGGAGCUGCUGCAGCUUCGGUUCCUGCAAUGCUUAUGCGGCAUUUCUGAGGAAAUCAUGAAAUUCGUGUUCCUUGCAGCUGUUGUUUGGUGUAUUGUAAUACCACCAUCAGAGACCAGCAAGAGCUUUGAGGACAUCCGCUGCAAGUGUGUCUGUCCCCCAUAUAGGAAUAUCAGUGGACAGAUUUACAAGAAGAAUGUGUCCCAGAAGGACUGCAACUGCCUGCAUGUGGUGGAGCCGAUGCCUGUGCCGGGGAACGAUGUCGAGGCAUAUUGCCUGCUGUGUGAGUGCAAAUAUGAAGAGCGAAGCACCACCACCAUCAAGGUCAUCAUCAUCAUUUACCUCUCAGUGAUUGGAGCCCUUCUGCUCUACAUGGUCUUUCUGAUGGUGGUUGACCCCCUCAUCCGCAAGCCCGAUGCCUACACCCAGCCCCUGCACAAUGAAGAGGAAAGCGAGGACGCCCAUUCACUGGCAGCAAUACGCCCUUCGGCCGCCACCCGGGCAAACACAGUGUUGGAGAGAGUGGAGGGAGCCCAGCAACGGUGGAAGCGUCAGGUGCAGGAGCAGCGGAAGACAGUGUUUGAUCGACACAAGAUGCUCAGCUAGAUCUCAUGGAAGGUUUGCAGUCGGGGAGGGAGCAGCAGCUGCUGGUUAGCUGAGCAGGUGAUUUCUGUUAGCCAGUGCAAACCCCGAGACCUGUAGCUUAAAACUUGUUGCACUUGCCCUUUCUAGUUUGUUUUGCUUGUUUUUCCCCCUUAGAAAGCAAGCUCAGUUGAAAGAAGCCACUGGCCUUGCACCCCAAUCUUAUUCUAGCCCAUAAGGUGGAAGCCCUUUGUCUUCCCCAUCAUCUGAAACAGGUAUGAACUUGUGAACCCCAAGAUGCUGCUUGGCUACGUCUCCCAUCAUCCUUGGGCAUCGGCCAUGUUGGUUGGAGCUGAUGGGAGCUGGAGUCCAGUGAUAUCUGGACAGCCACAGACAAGUUCCCCACCCUUCGUCUCAAACUAUAUUUCACUCACCAAGCAGUGAGCGUUGCCCCUUAAUUUAAAUGUGAGCUGUGGGAAGUCCAAAAAAACAACAACCUUAAGCUUCUUUGUAUCUUUCCAGAAGCUAAAAAUAGCAGCAAAUUCUGCUGUGUCUUGUAAUCUGCCAGGCGAACGUCUAGUUUAACUGUGAAGAACGGGGCAUUAUUUUGUUGUUGAACUUUCACUAUUGCAAAAUAAUAAUAAUAAUAAUAAUAAUAAUAAUAAUAAUAAUAAUAAUAAUAAUAAUUUAUUAUUUAUACCCCGCCCAUCUGGCUGGGUUUCUCCAGCCACUCUGGGCGGCUUCCAACCGAAUAUUAAAACAGUACAGCAUUAAACAUUAAAAAUUUCCCUAAACAGGGCCGCCUUCAGUUGUCUUCUAAAAGUAAAAUAGUUACUUAUUGCCUUGACAUCUGCUGGGAGGGCGUUCCACAGGACGGGUGCCACUACCGAGAAGGCCCUCUGUCUGGUUCCCUGUAACCUCACUUCUCGCAAUGAGGGAACCGCCAGAAGGCUCUCGGUGCUGGAUCUCAGUGUCCGGGCUGAAUGGUGGGGGUGGAGACGCUCCUUCAGGUAUACAGGACCGAGGCCGUGUAGGGCUUUAAAGGUCAGCACCAACACUUUGAAUUGUGCUCGGAAACGUACUGGGAGCCAGUGUAGAUCUCUCAUCUGACAGUGAAUUAUUCUAAUCUUUCAAAGAGAAGGCUCUGGCUCUGAUCAUUAAAAGAUAUCAUAAAUGAAAUGCAUUUAGCAAAGGGACCUAUUACAUCAUGAACUCUCAGAAGCACUUCCUUUGGGGACUUUAAGACGACUUAACUUUGCACCAAACAAGUAACAAAAGUUUUGAUAUGUCAACAGUAACAAACUUUGUUUAAAGUAGGGUUUGUUCCAAUAAACCAUUGUUAAAGGUAACCCAAGUCCCUGGUCUGGAAGUCAAAAGAAACUGUGGUUAAUCUAAGCUAGGAAGGAGAUGCUUGUAAUCUCUUCAUUUGAUCCAGAGGUACAAGAUACAGGUAACUUGCAACUUACAUGCAUUUAACUUGCGGCCAUUCAGCUUUAUGCACUUGGCAAAUUUUGAAUUAAAAAAAUUAAAAGGGGGCACACAUCGGGGUGUGGGGAGAGACUUUGCCAAUGCCACCUGCCAUUGCAGCUAAUGUGUUUUGACUAUACACAAUUUUGGCUAUAUGUGCUAUCCCCAAAAUUCCUGCAAAAGUUGAGAGUUGUCUGUAUUGCUUGCUGGAGUAGGUCUAAGAUUUUAAACUGGGUUCCAUGGAAGCAUGAGUGGGGAGAAUAAAUACUUGCUCACACAUUUCUAGUUGCAAAUACACAGUUUUCCACACGUUAACGAGCUUGAUUUGAUGUAUACCCUCCAAGAAUUGUGCAUCUGCAUACAAAAUGGACCCUGCUUUUAUUUAUUUAUUUAUUUAUUUAUUUAUUUAUUUAUCUAUUUAUUUUAUGCUGUGAUGAAAAAGACCCCUUGAGGUAGUUAAAAAUAUAACAAUCUUCACAAUAAAACAGUACCUUUGCAUUUGCUUUCAUGAGUGUCUUGGGCAAGGAGAAUUGUCAUUCGGCUUGUGGGAGUCUGUUUCAGUACGUAAAAACUGGACUCUCGAUCCCAGUGUAAAACGUUGCCUAUAAAAAUAUUGGGUGUGGUCAGUAAAGUUUCACCCAUUGAGUACACCCACUGAAAUUAAUAGGCCUGCCUUAGUCAUGUCCAUUAAUUUCAUUGGGUCUACUCUAAGUAAGAUUUAGUUGAAUACUACCCUUUGGAUUUCAAUUUGGCUUUACAAGGUGCCAAUUCAAAUAUGGGUAGUUGUUCAUAGUGACGUUCCAGUCCUCAGUAAUCAGUGCUGCAUAUGUAAUAUCACAUAUACCAGCCUUCCCCAAAUUGGUGGUCUCCCAUUGUUUUGAACUUCAGUUCACAUGAGCUGGUAGUACAAGCAUCUGGAGGCUGCGGGAGACUGAGAUAUGCUUCCGUUUUCAUGGUACCCACAACAGGUUGCCCUGUCAGCAUCGUGCCACUGGUGAAGGGGGCGUAGUUUAAACCUAGUGCAUUCCUGUAAUGUCAUGUAGUAAUAAUGGUUUCUCCAAUGAAAAAGUCAACAGCAAAAGAUGUUUAAGGAUGACCUUUUUCCUGCUGCAUGAAAGAGAUGUUUAUGUAUUAAAUGACCUGUUCUGUUCAUUCCCCUUAAGGAAUCUCAGGCAGAUUGGGCAAUCCUUGUUACUAUGCAGCAUCUUUUCAUUAAACAAAGAAACUGGUGUGUAACCCGUGUCUUUUGUGAUCCAUGUACCCAUUGCACUUCUGCUAAGC